AUGAACAAUUCAAGUAGAGAAGUGUCAAACAAUUUAAAGACACGAAUUAAAUAUAGUCAAAUUAGUACAGAUCAUAGAAAUAAUAAAAGUAGCAAUUUUACCAAUGCUUCACAUACUACUAUUAAUAAAAAUGUGAAUAAUAAUUAUAAAUUAAAUAAUAAAGAUAACAAUAUUAUUAAAAAAAAUGUCUGUGAAAAUAUUCAAAAUGAUGAUAAAAAAAAUAAUAAUAGAAAUGGAAAAAGAAAAAAUAUAGAUAACUGCCAAACCUCAUACAAUAACGAGUUCAAUACUAAUAAAAGAAGAGAGACAGAAAAAAAUAAAGAAUAUAUAAAUGACAAAAAUGAAAAAAAUGAUUAUGAUAAUGUCAAAGAAAAAAACGCUUAUGACAAUGUGAAAGAAAAAAAUACUUAUGACAAUGUGAAAGAAAAAAACACUUAUGACAAUGUGAAAGAAAAAAACACUUAUGACAAUAUGAAUGAAAAAAACACUUAUGACAAUAUGAAUGAAAAUUAUUAUUCGAUACUUGAUGAGUUAGGAAAAUCAGAAAAAGAAAUUUUUAAAUCUGUUAAAGAUAGUAUGGAUGAAAAUUUAAAUCUAGAAUUUUUACGAUCAACAAGUGAAAAUUAUAUUUACAAGGUUACAUCAAGAGGACCUGUUUGCUACUCAUCUACAUACAGAGAUGACAAAUAUAUUUAUCGACACAUUAUUUUAAGUGACAAUGUUAGACAAUAUGCUGAAAAAAAGGUAAGGAGAACUAAUGCAUUUUUAACAGAACAUUGUAUUAUUAAUGAACUUCAAAUAGAUAUAGGAAAGGGAUGGAAACAUUUUAUGAUAUAUGAUGGAAAAAUAAGAGAACUUAUUUUAAGAAAAGUUUUAACUGCAGAAGAUAAAUUAAGAAUGGCUGUUCAAAUGCAAAGAUUUAAUUAA